CACCUAAAGGCGUCUCUUGGUACACUGGGGCCGGAGAAAGAAAAAAAGAACCAACCAACCAGGAGCAGGAGCGAGCGAGGCGUGGCGUGGAGUGGGAAUAUGAACAGGCUCAGGCACUGAGGAGCUGCAGGAGGGACAGUGGACGAGCCGGUGGAGCUGAUUCCUGCUUUAAUAACUGAUUCACUUCAGGAGUCCGGAGAUGUCCCAGCAGGCAGCGGACGGGGGGUCGCACCGGGGCAGGGUGCUCACUCUGGAGAACAUGAACCCCAACGUGAAGCGGGUGGAGUACGCGGUCCGGGGCCCCAUCGUCCAGAGAGCGGUGCAGAUAGAGAAGGAGCUGAAAGCGGGAGUCAAGAAACCUUUCACAGAAGUCAUCAAGGCAAACAUAGGCGACGCCCACGCCAUGGGUCAGAAACCAAUCACAUUCCUCCGACAGGUCUUGGCGUUGUGUUCUUACCCCGAACUCCUGGAAGACGACAAGUUUCCGUCAGACGCCAAGAAGAGAGCGCAGCGCAUCCUCGAGGCCUGCGGCGGCCACAGUAUAGGGGCCUACAGUGCCAGCCAGGGGAUUGAGUGCAUCCGUCAAGAUGUGGCAGGCUUCAUAGAGAGGAGGGACGGUGGAAUCCCCUCCAACCCUGACAACAUCUACCUUUCCACCGGGGCCAGCGAUGCCAUCGUGACCAUGCUGAAGUUGCUGGUGUGCGGUGAGGGUCGCGACCGUACGGGGGUGAUGAUCUCCAUCCCUCAGUACCCUCUGUACUCGGCCGCCCUCGCCGACCUGGGUGCUGUGCAGAUCAACUACUACCUGGAUGAGGAAAAGUGUUGGGGUUUGGACGCUGCAGAACUCAGGAGGGCACUGAACGAAGCCAGAAAGCACUGCAACCCCCGGGUGCUCUGCAUCAUCAACCCUGGAAACCCCACCGGUCAGGUCCAGAGCAGGCAGUGCAUCGAAGACGUGAUCCGAUUCGCUAAAGAGGAGCAUCUCUUCCUCAUGGCUGAUGAAGUCUACCAGGACAACGUGUAUGCAGAGGGCUGUAAAUUUCACUCCUUUAAGAAGGUGUUGUUUGAGAUGGGACCAGAAUACUCAGGCACAGUGGAGAUGGCCUCUUUCCACUCUACCUCCAAAUGCUACAUGGGAGAAUGUGGAUUCCGUGGAGGUUACAUGGAGGUAAUCAACAUGGACCCUGAGGUGAAGGCCCAACUCAUCAAACUGGUGUCGGUGCGUUUGUGUCCCCCCAUCCCCGGACAGGCUCUGCUAGACCUGGUGGUCAACCCCCCACAGCAGGGCGAGCCGUCCUACAACACAUUUGUGAAGGAGCGGACGGCGGUGUUGGCAGCGUUGGCAGAGAAGGCCAGGCUAACAGAACAGAUCUUCAACACAGUACCUGGCAUCACGUGUAAUCCGGUCCAGGGGGCCAUGUACACCUUCCCCCGCCUCAAUCUAUCUCAGAAGGCCAUCGACAAGGCCAAGGAAGAAGGCCAGAUCCCUGACAUGUUCUACUGUAUGAAGCUGCUGGAGGAGGAGGGGAUCUGUUUGGUGCCCGGUAGCGGAUUUGGGCAGAGAGAUGGAACCUAUCACUUUAGGAUGACUAUACUGCCGCCCACUGACAAGUUGAAAGUUGUGCUGCAGAAGAUCCGCGACUUCCACCUGCGGUUCACACAGGAGUUCUCAUAAGGAUCCUCCAACGCUGCAUCUCCAGAACAAACUCACAUCAGUUCCAGUAUCUUCAAGUGCCUUUGAGCCCAUUUCACGAGUGAAGAACCUUCAACGUUUCAUUUAGAGAGCUAGUGAAAAUAUGUGCAGUCAGGAUUUCUUGCUCUUAUGCUCAAUGACCUUAACCGGCCAAUUUUGUUAAGUUCAGAAGUUUUUUUUAGAUGGAUAAUAUAUUUCAGACGUACUUGUCAUAGGUUCAUCUCUCUCCCGCCAAGGACUUUUUGUUUUACAAGAGUGUAAAGGCUCAUUUAUUCUCAACGUUAGAUGGAGCCUUCUGUCCGUAUUCAGGUUCAUGUGGGAAUGUAUUUAAUCGUCUCACUGACUACAUCAGUUAGCAACUAUGAUUUUGCUUCUUUCUUAUGAGGUACAUUAUUAACUAUCUCCUCUCCCUUCAACAUGUUUGUUUUGUCAGGAACCCGACUAUGUGCUGCCCUCUAUUGGAUACAUUGCUUUACAACCAUUCCAACAUGAAGGACACAUGGAACUAUAGUCAGUGAUGGUUACCUCUUUGAAAAGAUGCGUCUGUUUUCAUGCAGAGGCAGAAUAAAUGAGCCUUUAGGUGAUUACUUGAUUGACCUGGUUGUCUGUGAGUAUGACUGAGUCCUACCAGUGAAAUCCUUAACCGUCUCAGAAUGUAGCCAUUUCUUUUACUAAUUGUUCUUAAAUGAGAUUAAAACAUGAAUUU